UUGGAAGGUUUUAAUAAAUUUCGCUACAAUGAGGAUUGUGAGCAUGAAAAAUGUGCAUAUAAACAUAGUUCAACACAUUAUCAUUGUAUACGUUCUGAUUGUGGUUAUGGGUUUAGUGAUAGAUCACGAUUAGUACAACACAUAGCUCGACAUGAACGUAUUGAUAAAAUAAUGGGAGACGAAUUCAGGCAAUUCAGGGCAUCUGUAAAUUGUUUCUAUGAGGACUGUGAAUUUUCCUCAAAGGCAACACAUUUUCACUGCCUGAAAUGUUUAUUUGCCUGCGCUGAUUCAAGUAAAGUGUCUGCCCAUAGGAAAUAUCACAUAAAGCUACAGAAUAUUAGUUCUAAAGGAUUUGUCAAAUUUAUUGGUAGUCAAGACUGUGAAAUUCCUUUUUGUCCUCAUUCCAAGAAACAGACACAUUAUCAUUGUACCUUCCAGAAUUGUAAUCAUGCAGUUCUUGGACCUGCUCAAAUGGCGCCACAUAAGCUGAAACAU